AUGAAGUUCCUUUCUAUUCUUGCCCUCACGGGGGCGACAUCUGUGAUGGCCGCGCCUGUGGAGAUCGAGCGUCGCCAGGUCGACGCCAUCAAGGAUGCCCUCGCGCCCGUCAUGACAUCCCUCAAGGACCUCGACACGGCCAUCAACGGCCUGACGACCGACCCCAAUACCGCCGCGCCUAUCCUGACGUCGUCGCAAGCAGCCUCGAAGGCCCUCUCUGGCGCCGCUACCAAGAUCCAGGCCGCCGACGACCUGGGCCUGUUUGGCUCCCUUGGCCUGCAGCAGACGGGUACCGACCUGGCCACGCAGGUGACGACGACCAUCGGCGACCUCACGGCCAAGAAGCCGGUGCUCGACCAGCUCGGCGUGACCCCGAUCGCCCUGCAAGCCCUUCAGCAGCAGAAGACCGACUCCGGCGGCCUGAGCGACGCCCUUCUCAGCAAGGUGCCCGCGCUCGCGAGGCCCAUCGCCGGGCAGAGCACCGAUAUGAUCAGCAAGGCGCUGGAUGACGGCAUCGCGGCGCUCUCGGCGGGCGGGACGGCGGCGGCUCCGGCCGCAGGGGCCGCGGGUGCAGCAGCCCCUGCAGGCGGCACGGCAACUGGUGCUGGGGCGGCGAAGCCCGCGGGAGGAGCAGCUCCUGCUACAGGGGCCGGUGGUGCUGCGGCAGCCAACGGUGGUGGCAAGAACGGUGAUGACGACGAUGACAACGAUAACUGA